AUGCCUCCCUCAGAGCCUUCCUCUGUCUCCUCACCUCCGGCCUCUUCCUCCUCUUCCGGGGUCUCUGCGUCGCCUGCGAGCAGUGACGCGCCAAAGGCUGAGAAGCAGGCGCAUGCAGAGAAGAAGGCCGCCGCGACUCCGAAUCAGAAUCAGGGAAACGUCGCGAAGAAAGCGUCUUCUGGAGCGCGUGGACCCGAUGACGACACACAGUUCGACAGCCUCCCCGCCGUUCUCGUCGCCCUGACGCUGCCCGAGCUGAAGCAGAACUUCGCGCCUCUCUGCUACGAAAACCUCACGUUUCCUCUCCUCCCUGUUAGCGGCGUCCCGCUCGUCGUCUCUGCCUUUGAUUUCCUCGCUCGAAACGGAGUCACGGAGAUUUUCGUGUUGAUUAAGGGCGACGACGAAGGAAGGCUGGUGAAGAAAGUUGUGGAAGAACACGAGGAGACAUUUCAGAAGCGGCUGCGCCGCGUUGUCAAGCGCGGGCUGCGCGUGACAUGUGUGGAAGUUCCCACGACGGUCGACUCCAUGGGCGAUGCCCUUCGAGACUUCAGCAGCAAAUACGAGUUGAGACAUGACUUCCUUCUGAUGCAUGUGUCGUCUUUCAUUCGGGCGGACGUUCGGCCGGCGAUUGCGGCCCACAAGGAGCGAACGGCGACGAAGUUCCGCGGCGUCUCGGGAGGCGAGGCUGUGAUGACGCAGCUGCUCACGCGAGCGUCGCCGUCGAACGCGCAGCGCCUCCUCGAGGACGACAUGGCCCUGCUGGUCGACUCUCAAACGAAGGAAGUUCUCGCGUCCAUCUCGCUGAAGAAACGCGCGGAAGUCGAGCUCGGCGAAGACCUCAUUCAGCUGGCUGCUUCUCCGUCGUCGUGCGGUUUCCAAGUUCACUACGACCUCGUCGACAUUGGAGUCUACCUCUGCGCGCCAAAGGUGCAAGAACUGUUCAGCCUUUCUUUCGACUAUGUCAGCGUCAAGCGCGACUUCAUUCCUGAUCUCAUCAACAGAGAGAUCAAGCUCGACGCUAUCUACGCCUACGUUUUAGAGACGCAACAGGGCGAGAAAGACGUUUCGUACGCUUCCUGCUGCACGGACCCAAGGACGUACUUCCACACGUGUCGAGAGGCUCUGGAAAGAUGGCCCUAUCCCCUCGUUCCCGACACGCGCACGGCCGGAUCCGGUCACGCGCCUCAGCUGCGCUAUCGCGGCCGCGGCGUCUACCAGGCCGACUCUGUCUCUCCAGGGCUUCGCUGCGAGCUCGGGCCGCUUGUGGCCAUCGAGGAGUCGACGACGAUUGGUGACGGGACAACCAUUCGCCACUCAUUCAUCGGGUCCAAGUGCAAGAUUGGCAAGAACGUCCUGAUUGAGGGCUCGAUUCUGUUUGGCAACAUUGAAAUCUGCGACAACGUGAAGAUCUCCAACUCGCUCCUCUUCACCGACAUCAAGAUCCUGGAGGACACACAAGUCGGCGACAGCUGCGUGCUGGGCGGCGGCAUUCGCAUUGGACGAGGCCGCGUUAUCCCGCCGUGCACGCGCAUCUACUUGCCUUCGCGACUCCGAAAGGGUGAAGCCGAACUCGCGCUGGCCGGCUUGACGCCGGAGACAGAAAGGGACAUCAUCGGAGACGACGGAGAAGGAAAGGUUUGGCCGAUGCGCGGCUGGACAAAGGAGAAACUCGAAAUGAUCUCCCUCGGGGGGUCCACCGCCCCCUUCAUCAAGCUGCCUCUGCCCUCGUUUGCCGUCGAUGAAGACGAGUCAAGCGACGAGGAGGACGAGCCCGACACGCCGCCUUGCUCCGAGGAGGACGAGACGGGCGCUGCGGCGCCAAGUGCCUCGCAAAGGAGACAGCGCGAGGGCGACGAAGGCGCCUUCGCCACAGAGAUCCGGGCCAUGUGUCAGGAGGGGCUGGCCGAGCCGCAACACAUGCAGCACAAGGUCUUGGAGAUGAAGAGCUUCCGACUCGCUUCGAACCGAACCGACCUCGAGGUCGCCGAAGUCAUCCUCCCCGUCUUCCUCGAAACGAUUGCUUUUGCUGCCGACGGCGGCGCCCCGAAAAAGGACACUUGGGAGCAGUACAUCGCGACGCACCGCGUUGGGCUCCUCUUCUCGUCCUUCCUGUCCAACGCGCACCCCGAGGAUUUGCUGCCGCUCUGGAACGUGUGCCUGGACUUCUGCAUGCGGCCGACGCUCACGGUCUCCGUCGCGGGGGUUCGGCAAGACGGCGAAGGGGACGAGGAAGAACAGGAGACAGUUACGCGGGACAACCCGCUGUUUGGGCCGGCGGCGUUCUGCACGCUCUGCGAGGUGCUCCACUCCUGCGACUUCUUCGAUGCCGACUUGUCCCUGCCUCGCUGGUUCAGGCACAUGACAGCCGGCGCGGGUUCAAACACGAACGCUGGAGCUGAGCACGAAAAGUACCUGAGCAGUGCCAGGCUCAAAGCCUUCGUGGCGUGGCUGGAGGAAGAGGACGCGAGUGACGAAGACGAUGAAUAA